AUGGUUGGUGGAGUAUACACGGGGGGCUACAGCCAGCUAUGGGCCGAGUUGAAAAGGCGAUAUGAUAAUCCUCGGCGCUUGGUUGAGUCGCACGUGUAUCGGCUAUUAGACUUGCCGGAACAUCCAGUUCCAACGCAGCGCAACGUUCGCAAAGUUAUCGAUGUGGUGCGCAGUACUUUACCUGCCCUGAACGUGAUGGGUCUGGCAACAGACCAAUGGGAUGCCAUCGUUUAUCCCAUAGUCCUCCGCAAACUACCAACUCCGGCUGUCUCACACUGGACGGGUUUAAACCACGCCGAAACAUUAAUGCUGGAGGAGAUCGAGACUUACGCGGAUACUCUGAGAUGCGACCCCAAUGUGUCACUCCGACCGUCAACAGCGCGCCGUAUGGCACAAUCACAUGUAGUUACCUCGAAGUCUCCGAACGCAACCAUGAAAUCGUCGCUGGCCUGUCCACGGUGCGCGGAACCACAUCGCCUGUCAAUAUGUCCACAAUUUCGAAAGUGCAGCUCAGGAACCUGCGACAACUGCAAACAGAAACACAACACCUUGUUUUGUAAGGCUUCUUCAUGCAACGAGAAGUUACCUGCAACCACCAGUGCGGCAGCGCGACCAGCCCCCGCAUUUGAAACAUCUGUCGGCGCCAUUACGCCACAGGUUUUGCCUCGCAUAGAUGCGGUGCAGUCUCUCCUGGCGCAAUCUGAGGGGAUCGUCCUUCUGGCCACAGCUAGAGCUCCACUUUUAGACAAGGUGGGGGAAGAAGUAGCCUGCCGUAUAUUAUGCGACAUGGGUUCACAGAGGGUGACUUCGUCGCGUGGCCAGGCGACUCUGGUGAUGCGCUCAUACCACGAUGCCACGUUUGAGUGCACCUUUGAAGCUCAUAUCCUACCACAAAUAACUUCGGAGAUUCCUGCGUCGCCAAUAGACAUUAACCACUAUCAACAUUUGCAAGACAUACCACUAGCCGAUCCCACGUUUCACACUCCAGGGAGCAUCGAUGUUCUCAUUGGAGCGGACAUUUGGGAGCGACUAGAUGAGAUACUGCAACGUUUCUGGGAGCUGGAGGAGGUUGGCCGACCCCCAGCUGUUGACGACCUUAGCGAAGAUAUUUUCUGUAAAACGGUAUCGCGCAAUAGCGAUGGCCGAUACGUAGUACAAAUCCCAUUUUCACCGAAUGCAUCAGCUCUUGACAAUUCAUAUGUCAAGGCAUUUAACCAAUUCCUCAAUCUUGAGCGCCGCUUGAGUAAUGAUGAUGAGCUACGUAACAAAAAUAUUCAGUUCAUGCGCGACUAUGAGGCACUCGGGCACAUGGAGAAGAUAACACCGCAACCAGGCGACCCAUCCCAGGUUUAUUAUGUACCCCACCAUGCCGUCACGUCGAAGUUCCGGGUAGUUUUCAACGCCUCUGCGAAGACAAGCAAUGGCGUUUCCUUAAACGAUACUCAGCUAGUUGGUCCGCCCGUCCAGAAUCCACUUGCCGCCAUUCUUCUCCGGUACCGUCGUUUCCGUAUAGCUAUCACUGCUGACAUCGAGAAGAUGUUUCGGCAGAUCGAAGUUGAUUCCAGACAUAGAUGUUGGCAGCAAAUUUUCUGGCGGGAAAGCCCAAGUGAUACUCUCGGUGUGUAUCAGUUAACGACGUUAACUUACGGUAUGGCUUGCAGUCCUUUCAAUGCGGCACGCGUCUUGCAGCAGUGUGCCAAUGAAAACCAAUCAGCAGUUUUUGGUGCCUCCUGUGAGGAACCUGACAAUUGCGACCAAGUGCUAACGUUGCAAGCCAUUAAAGGGUAUUCGUCGGAAUAA